CAUCAGAGAGGUUGUAAUUAUAACAUUUAUUAUCCGUGGACGGACACUGAGAAGUCCAACUGAAAACACAAGGAAGAGGAGAUUAGAAGUGUCCUUCAAAGAUCUUCUGAUGGUUGGACCGUAACACCUUGGAGCAGCAGGGAUGAGGAUCCGGCUGCAGGGUCCCGGCCACGCUGCCAGCCUUCUCGCUGAGCUCAACCGCUGCAGACAGUCCCGUCAGUACUGUGAUGUCCUCCUGCAGGUCGGUAACCGCACGUUCCCGGCACACCGCGCGGUGCUCGCCUGUGCCGGGACGUACUUCCGCAACCUGUUCGCCCGAGCCCCGUCCUCGUCCUCCGCUGCCUUCUCUCUGGAGUUCAUCUCUCCCGCCAACUUUGAGAAGGUGCUGACGUUCGUGUACACGGGGGAGAUCCUGACUGAUCUCAUCGAUGUGGGGGUUCUGUACGAGCUGGCUGAGAGGCUCGGUGUCGAUGAACUGGUUAGAGCCUGUCAUGCUACGUUCCCUGACCUGCAGGCUUCUGUGUCUGCUAACUGUAAGGCUGGAGGUGCUGGAGAUCUGACCCUGGACUCCGGCAUGGUCCCAGCUGCCGUGUCCACGGUGGCUGUUGUUGGUUCAGCGUCUCUCUCUGCACCUUCUGUGUGUUCCUCUGCUGCCUCCUGCUCGUCUCUGUCCUCAUCGGCUGGUCCCUCUGCGGCCCCGACCCCUGCUGACGCUGCCUCACUUCUCUUUCAAGCCACCAGGACAGCAAGGUCCUGCAUUGAGGCUCAAACGGUGGUUCUGCCUCGGGACCUGAAGGCAGAGGACGUCCAGUCUCACAUCAGCUAUGGUCAGGUGGCAGCAGAUCAUCAGUUACCAGCAGGAAACAACCUUCUAACCAGGGGUCAGGGUGAUGGAGUGAUGGGUCAGGGGCCUGUGCUCCAGCUGAAGAUAGAGCAGGGCCUUGAGGAAGAGGAGGCAGGAGGCAGCUGUGAGGAAGCUGAGAGAGACAGACGGAUGGUUUCAGAGAGCGCAGGAAGCUCUCUGCCUCAGAGGAGCGACGCUGCUGCUUCUGACUCCUGCUCCUUCGAGGCCUGUGACCCGACCUCCUCCUCAGGAGAGCCUUUAGGCAGCCUGCAGGUGGAGGGAGGAGCGAUGGAGGUCCAGAGGGAUGGCAGGAUGAUGUUUGGGGAGGCGGAGGACGGAGAGAACGAGGAGGAGAGGGAGGCUCUGUCGGGGAACGGAGCAAUAGAGGGGACUGAAGAGGAGGAGCAGUGGAGGCACCUGGCGGCUGAGAUCAUUGAGCUGAGCGACGAUGAGAACUUCAUGGAGGAGGGGGAGGAGGAGGAGGAUGAAGAUGACCUUGUUUGUUUGGAGAACGGGGGAGGAGGAAACUCCAGCAGCCAGGUGACAGAACACCUGCUCUCGUGUAAAGCCUGCUCUGCGCCUCUCCCAGCAGACCCGGCUGUCAUCAGGAGACACGCGGAGACACACACCACCGAGCAGGGGCUCUGCAGAGUGUGUGGGGCCUCGUUCUCUGACCGCUCUGCCGCCGUCACACACUGUCUCCUGCACGUCGGCGUUCAGCUCUUCACCUGCGACAUGUGUCACCUUCCGUUCUGCAGUCAGAACAAACUGCUGCGGCACCACAGACAGACGGCCUCCAGCUACACCAUCCCACAGGGGGCGCUAACGAACAGCGGACAGAGCCUGAGCGCUGAGCUGCAGUGUGCAGAGUGCAACAAAUCCCUCAGCAAGGACUUCAAGACCCUCAGAGACCACCUGCUGAGCCACGUGUGUCCUCAGAGCCUGAGCUGUGCCGUGUGUCACCUCCCUCAGCUCUCCCUCUGCUCCCUGCUGUGGCACGCCCUCACACACCUCUCCCUGCCCGUCUUCACCUGCCCGCACUGCGCCCGCUGUUUCGUAGAGCGCCCCCUGCUGGACAGACACAUGAGCGUACACGCAGAGGAGGCAUCGGCGAAGGAGAGGGAGCGGUCAGCGCUGAGGGCGUUCAGAGCCGGAGCAGAUGGCGCGGCGGGCGCGGAGGAGCUGCACUGCUUCCUGUGCCAACAGACUUUUCGCUCCGCCUCUGCCUUUCAGUAUCACCUCAGCCUGCACACCAGCGACUCCCUGGGGAGCGGAGGAGGAGGGGGGGGAGGGAGUCACGGCUGGCAUGGGAAACGAAAAGCUGACCCGUCUCUGGAGGGUCCCCCGUCUUCCUGCUCCUCCUCCUCUCCUCGGGAGGUCGGCGGCCUCGUAAAGAUGAGUAACUUGGGUUUAGGGUUGGGGAUGGGCUUUUUUCAAGGUUCUGUGCACGGCCUGGGGUCCUCGGGUGUCCUGACCAACGGGGGCUCAGGCCAGGACGGGGGUCUUGUAGCAGCUGGUGUCAGGAGUAAAUGGUACCGCUGUCGAUACUGCGGCAAACGCUUCGCUCAUUCAGGAGAGUUCACCUAUCACCUCCGGAUCCACACCGGGGAGAAACCGUACCAGUGCAAAGUGUGUCUGCGGUUCUUCAGAGGCCGCUCCACCAUGAUCUGCCACCUGAAGACGCACGCCGGCGCCCUCAUGUACCGCUGCACCGUCUGCGGCCUGUUCUUCUCCACUCUGAAGCUGGUGUCGUCACACAUGGAGCUCCACAAAGACCACCUGCCCCCGGACUUCAACAUCGAGCAGACCUUCAUGUACAACGAUCACUCCAAGGAGCCGCUGCACACCGUGGACGCCUGAUCGGCUCUCCGGUCCCUCAUGUAGCCUUUCUCCUCCCGUCAGACGCUUUCUUUUUACAGGUUGUCGUGGACCACGAACUGUUCUGAACACAACAGAGCAGGGCUGAAACUAAAGAUUUUUGUAUUCAGGAGCAACAACGAAGAGUCGGUUAUUUGAUUGUAAGAGAAUCAGGCGCUCAGUUUGUCACACACUCGCUGGUUUCACCGUCUUUGAUGACAGAAUUUGCUGCUUUUUGAAAAAGUAUAGAUGCAAUUUUGAGGAUUUUUUAAAGGUAAGAGUACUUUAUUAAUCCCCAGGGGGGAAAUUCAAUUUUUUCACUUUUGCUAUUUUGUGGACAUUUUACACACACACAGUAUAUACAUACAAUCAUGCACACACACAUGCAGUCAACAUGCUUAGGGAGAGAUGUCAGAGCGAGGAUGCUGCCAUCAACCAGCGCACCCAGAGCAGUUGGGGGUUCGGUGCCUUGCUCAAGGGCACCUCGGCAGUGCCCAGGCAAGUGAACCAGCACCUCUCCAGCCACCAGUCCACUUGCCAAACUUCGUCCAUACUGGGACUCGAACCGGCGACCCUUCAGUUCCCAAGCCAAGUCCCAAUGGACUGAGCUACUGACACCCAGCUGUAUUAUUGAAAAAGAGCAUCUUGUAAAGAUCUUGAGCUCUUGGAAAUUGUGCUGUGAAUUGUCACAACUUAAUGAUAUUUAUAAAGUGAGUAUAAAUCUCUUAGAUCCCUGAUCACAGCGCCCUGAGUCUACGGUGAAUCCUCUUUACCUUUUAAUCCCGCCUACAUUCCAGACUCCAAAGAUCUUUAUGUUUUAAAUACCAGUCAAAAGUUUGGACACACCUUCUCAUUCAAUGGUUUUUAUUUAUUUUAACUACUUUCAACAUUGUAGAUUAAAACUGAAGACAUCAAAACUAUGAAAUAAUCUGGUUUGGCCAUAAUCUGGAUUACAACAGUAGUCAAAUAGAGCAAUCCAUUGCGUACUAACCCUACCUCUGAACAACACAACUGAUGGUCUCAAACACAUUAAGAAGGCAAGUCAUUCUACAAAUGAACUCUUGACAAGGCUCAUGUUCAUUAGAAACCAUUCCAGGAGACCACUUCAUGAAGCAGACUGAGAGAAUACCAAGAGUGUGCAAAGCUGUCAUGAAGGAAAAAGGGGGCUACUUUACAGAAUCUAAAAUAUAAAACAUUCUGCUUUGUUUAACACGUUUUUGUUAAAGCCACAAGACACUUCAUGCAGAUGUACCCGGUGUUUCAGGUGCACGCAGCCUCAUGGCACCUUGGCUGAGGGUGCAAGGGGUCCCCUUAGCUCCCUCAUCCUCAGCAUCCUUGCCUUCACUGUCACUACUGCUACUGCAGGCAUUCUUCCUCACUGCUACUAGCAACAUCCUCACUUGACUUAGAAGGUAAUCACUCCGAUAUCCUGUACGCCUUUCAAUCACACUCUGCUAUUGAGCAAUACAAAACAUAAAGAUAUACAAAUGGCUGCAAUUAUGUUUUAACAACAGAAAUAUAUUCACUUAUAGCCAAAAAGAGUGACUGAUGAUGAAGUAUUUUCAAGAGCAUCAGUCACAGUAAUGGAACAAACUGGAGCUGAAGUAUAGUCAGUGAUGCAUGAUGUCCACUUCAGUGGACAGAUGAUUAAACAGAAUUUCCUCCUAAUCUAAAAUCAAUACUUUGAAAAUUUAAGAAUAAUAUGACCUAAGAUUGUACUUGAUGCUACAAUGUUUUUUUACCUGCAUGGCUCCCCUAAAAUAGAAGGAUUGAUCAGAUAUUCAGACGGAACUUUGCAUUUCUGACUGGCGGUCGGCCAUCUUUGAUUGGAGGGAGAAAACGUGCACUUAGGCUGUUUCCGAAAUCGCCUACUAUACUAGCAGUACGUACUGAUAUGUCCAACAUUCAGUAUGUAGUAAGUAGUAUGUGAACAAGAGCAAAAUCUGCAGUAUGCCAAAACUCCCCGGAUGUCUACUGAUACGGGAAAAUAUCUCAGUAUGCAUCGGACCAGUCUGCCUCACGUACUGUUUCCCAUAAUGCACUGCGCUCGUUCUGCUUUUUCUUUUUCCUCAUUUUUUGACGGGAGGAAAUCCGUUUUUGGGUGCUGUGAAAGUUAUCAAAUUACAUAUAAACCACUUCCUAACUUUUUAAAUCAUAAAUGGAUGCUAAAUAAGCAUUUUAUUUAUCGGCUUUGCCGUUGUUUACUUCCGCUUUCCGAAACCGGAAAUUCAGCGAAGUCUGUCUCAGCAUGCUGCAUGACAGAUCGGACAGAACAGUCAUACUACAUACUAAAUUCAAACGCAGUAUGUAGUAGGCAAUACCUACUGCCUACUACAUUAGUAAGUAGUAUGUAGCAGGCCGUUUCGGAAUCAGCCAUAGAGUGGCUGCUCACUGGGUGACAUUGUAUAGAAUGAUGGAGUGACUGAUGUGCAACUUUACCAUCAAAACCAGUCUAUAUGCAAGAAAAUGUUUUUAGAACAGCUGUCCACUGUAGUUACCACUAUGCAUGAAAGGGUUAAAUCAUUCCAUAUAUCAGGGUUCCCACGCAGCCUGGAAAACCUGGAAAACCUGGAAAACAGUUGACCAGUUUCCAGUACUGGAAAACGCCUGGGAAAUGAUUCCAACAUGACUAAACCAUGAUAAAGCAGGUAUAUAUUGAGUUUGAGUUGAGUUGAGAAACAUUUGAGGCCAUUUUUGUCCUUCAGUUCUCCUCUGAUUAUUAUUAUUAUUGUUAUUGAUUUAUUUCAGUAAGGCAGCUUCCAGAUUCGUUUGCUGGCUCUUUUGUUUUUUUAAUUAGCUAAUUAUAUAUUUUUUAAGAAAAUAGAAAGCUGAGAUGAGAGUUGCCCAUCAUUAAAGUGCUUUACAUCUGUGGUUGCAUUGUUCUAUAAUCAAUUUGCUAUAAUUCUUAAGCAUGUAAGAGAUGAUUUCAUAGAUAGCCAUAGACAGCAUGUCUUUCAAUGUAGACUUCCACUGAGAGGAACAUAUUAGACUAUUUAGGAACUAAAUUAGGAACUCAAUUUAGACUGUCAUACCAGCUUGAUCAUCACUGAAAAUGUCCUGGAAAGGGAUCUUUGGAAAAGAGUGGGAACCCUGACAUAUGUUCUUUCAUAGUUUUGAUGUCUUCAGUAUUAAUCUACAGUGUUUCAAAUCAUUAAAAUAACCCUUGAAUGAGAAGGUGUGUCCAAACUCUUGCCUGGUAGUGUGUCUAAAACAAAGAGAAGCAGCAGAUUCAGACAUCAGAGAAGCUGAUAACAGAGAGUUUCAACGUGUUUUAACUUCUUGAAUGAUCCGACAGCUCCGUGGAUUACCAAAAAAUGACUCGUCGUAAUCGUGUCAGACCUAGACUUUAGAAUGUAGCGAUCAUGUGACCUGUCCGAUGCUGUUCACAGAGUCCACCUGGGUGCAGGUCUGGUCUCUUUUGGACUGAGAUUUCAAAGGAGCCACUUGGUGGCAGUGUGUCCUGUUCUGUGUCUGUGAAAGAAGGGAAGCUUGUGUGACUGUUAACAUGUACUCUGAGUCAGUGUGUGUCUUUAUAACCUAAAUAAUGUCAGGAGUGUUCUUUUUGUCAGUGAUUGAAUCGUGUACUGUUAUUAAAGUAGCACUUCACUGUAGCAUAAGAUUAUUUUCUGAUAAACGUACGUCUUCACCCAGCGCGGCGGACACGUGGAGAGCGUCUUUGUUGUUGUAGAAAAAGGCGUCCGACGUAAAGACACGAGCUGUGAUCACAUGUUGAAGCGUGUGUACAAACAUGUUGUUGAAGUGCCAUUCACAUUUAAUUGUAAUAUUUUUCUUACCUCAUAUUUAUGACAGUGAUACUAUUUAUUAUGUGUUUGCCUUUACACACGUUCUCCUCUUUUCUAAGGAUGUUUGUUUUUCCAAUCUUGUUUUUGAAAAUAAAGAAAAUAAAAGCCUUGAGUGAGGACGACUGUUA